GGGAGAGGGAGUCCUCUGCUGGUGACACGGCCAGCGUCUACAUGCAGAAAGAUGUGCACACACUCCCAUCCUAGACUGCAAUGCAGGACUGGACGCAGGUUCCAACGAAGUCGUCCCUCCAAGCAGCGGCAGAAGUUCUAGCUCAGCGCUGAGGAGUUCAUAAACCACGAAGGGCCAGCUUCAGUAGUCAUUUCGCAAACGCGUCUCCUUGUUCCUAAGUUGUAAGCAGCUCGCGUAUACCCUCAAGAACGGACUGUCCCUAGCGAUACAGUGGUAAUUUUUGCAAUGGCAGGUGGCAAGUUUGCGCGCGCUGGCGUGCUGGCGCCUUUGGCGUUGCUGACUUUCCUGAUUGCGGCGGCGCUGGUUGUGAUUGCGUCGAUCAUCCUCGACAAGAUCAUUGACAACGAGCCCAAUGAGCAGGGAUCUGGCUAUAACCGUGUGAGCCCUGCUCUCCAGUGGCUCAUGAUCCUAGCGUGCGCAGCCGCUUUCACUGCUGCAUGGACAACCUUCUGGCACACCAAGACCUACCGCGCCAGCACUCGUUACACCAGUGGCUCUCACUCAUGGCUGGCAUUCUUCCUUACCUGCAUUCCCGCCGGGUUGGCAUUCAAGGCAAUCACCAUCGGAGGGUUGGACGCCUUGAAUUGGGUGGCCAUCAUCCUGACCUGGAGCAUGUGGCUGUGCCUGCUCCUCCUCGCUUUGUUCCUGCACGGACCUUUGAACGAUCCUGAGCCCCAGCACUACCAUCACCACCGUUCUCAUGACCACACCCUGCCCGCCGGAACCGUUGAAGAGAAGGGUCUGCCCUACAACACCUCGCCCGCUGGAGCUGUCGGUUACAACAGGAGCGCAAACAGCGUAGUGUAAAUGAGAGAGUUGAAAUCUGCUCGCAUUUGGUAGGGGAGAGACGCACGCGUAGGCUGUGAACAAGUGUUGUAUUGUACGUUGUAAAGUAUUUUGGACUGGUGCGUAGUGAAACAGUGACUGUGGUGCCGCAACUGGCAUCGGAACAUUGAAAGGAUCUGAACAUUCAGCAGAGUUUGAACGUGACUUCGAGCCGGUGAACAGUGUACUUUUCCCAUUUAGUAAGACGAACGUCAACACAUCCAACAUCCAAAUGCAUUUUCACAACUCAUCUGACCCCUUAUAUGAGCUUCUACAACGUACCUGUUUAUUUCCAAU